CUCGCGCGCUCCCGGGCGCCGGGAUCCGGGGCGGAGGAGGAGGAGAAGGAGAGGAGGAGGAGCAGCCGCCGCGGGGCGGGCAGCCGGCGAGCGCCAGGCCCGGCCUGCCUGCCUGCCUGGCUGCUGCCUGGGCGCUGGCGGCAGCAGCGGCGUCUCCUGGUUGCGCGGCGCCUGCCUGGUGUCCCGCUCGCGGUCUGGCUGGCCGGGCGGCGGGCGCGGCUUCUCGGUGCGCUGCGUCUGCUGCUCCUCCUGGCCGGCGCGAAGAUGGCCGCUCCUCCGCUGGCCGCCAAGGCCGGCUCGGGCGCCGCGCCUGGCCCGGGCCGGGCUCCCUCGUCGUCGUCCGGCGGCUCGUCGGUGUCCUCCUCCGCGGCCGCCGCCUUCCCGGAGCUGGACUUCCGCUCGGGCGCCCGCGUCGAGGAGCUCAACCGGCUCAUCCAGGAGUUCACGCGCCAUGACCAGCGCGAGUACGACGACCAGCGCGCGCUCGAGAUCCACACCGCCAAGGACUUCAUUUUCUCCAUGCUGGGCAUGGUGCAGAAACUAGACCAAAAGCUCCCAGUUGCCAAUGAGUACUUGCUCCUCUCUGGGGGUGUCCGGGAAGGCGUGGUGGACCUGGACUUGGAUGACCUGAACAUCUACGCCCGCGGCACCGACUACGACAUGGACUUCACCCUCCUGGUGCCAGCCCUGAAGCUCCACGACCGCAACCAGCCCGUCACCCUGGACAUGCGCCACUCGGCCCUGUGCCACUCGUGGCUGAGCCUGCGGCUCUUUGACGAGGGCACCAUCAGCAAGUGGAAGGACUGCUGCACCAUCGUGGACCACAUCAACGGCGCCACCAACUACUUCUUCUCCCCCACCAAGGUGGCCGACUGGUUCCACGACUCCAUCAGCGUGGUCCUGGCCGAGAUCCAGAAGAAGCCCCAAAGGGGGAUGCCCAGGGUGGAGAAGGUGGAGAAGAACGGGACCAUCAUCUCCAUCAUCCUGGGGGUGGGCAGCAGCCGCAUGCUCUACGACAUUGUCCCCGUCGUGUCCUUCAAAGGCUGGCCGGCCGUGGCCCAGAGCUGGCUGAUGGAGAACCACUUCUGGGAUGGGAAGAUCACCGAGGAGGAGGUCAUCAGCGGGUUUUACCUGGUCCCCGCCUGCUCCUACAAAGGGCGGAAGGACAACGAGUGGCGGCUGUCUUUUGCCCGCAGUGAGGUCCAGCUGAAGAAGUGCAUCUCCGGCAGCCUCAUGCAGGCCUACCAGGCGUGCAAGGCCAUCAUCAUCAAGCUGCUCUCGCGCCCCAAGGCCAUCAGCCCCUACCACCUGCGCAGCAUGAUGCUCUGGGCCUGCGACCGGCUGCCCGCCAGCUACCUGGCGCAGGAGGACUACGCGGCCCACUUCCUCCUGGGCCUCAUUGACGACCUGCAGCACUGCCUAGUGAACAAGAUGUGCCCCAACUACUUCAUCCCCCAGUGCAACAUGCUGGAGCACCUGUCCGAGGAGACGGCCAUGCUCCACGCCCGCAAACUCUCCUCGGUGCGCUCGGACCCGGCUGAGCACCUCCGGACUGCCAUCGAGCACGUCAAGGCGGCUAACCGGCUGACCCUGGAGCUCCAGCGGAGGGGCAGCGCCACCAGCAUCCCCUCCCCGCAGUCGGACGGCGGAGACCCCAGCCAGCCGGACGACCGGCUAGCCAAAAAGCUCCAGCAGCUGGUCACCGAGAACCCGGGCAAGUCCAUCUCCGUCUUCAUCAACCCGGACGAUGUCACGCGGCCGCACUUCCGGAUCGACGACAAGUUCUUCUGAGGGUCGGCCUCCCACCCUACCCCAAUUUCAGACUCGAGCUUUGGCUCACCGCCACCCCAAGCCCCUCUCCCUCCCACUCCCCCUUUUGGAAUCUUUUUUUAAAAAAACAUAUCCAGCUUAGAUUGGAUUCGCGGAGGACAAAAGACAGACUUCUUCCUGGUUCUGCAGGAUGGGGCAGUUUCUUACUGUUUCGUUUGCUGCUAAUUUCCCCCUUUCCUGCCCAUUUCUGGCCUGUGUGUAGCUUUUAAGGAAAACUUGAAGCCACACUUCCUGGCUUCCCCCUCUUCCUCCUCCUUUUGCAACCUUCUUUUCCCUGUUGAUCUUCUGUUGCUUUUUGUUGCCGGAGCUCCUUCCCUUUACUCCAAGGUCAGGAGUGUGAGGAGUUCCAGAUGGGGAUUUUUUUGGGGGGUGGGGUGGGGGUGUUGUGGCUUCCUUUCCAUUGCUGGGGGGGGGGUGUCCCAUUUUCAUUUGCUGCAUUUCCUCUUUUGCUCACCCAGAAGGACCAAGGCGGCUUUGCAAACCGCGAUGAAACUUCCCAAAACGAUGGGGUGUUUCAUCCCCCACACAGCCCCACCCCCCCAAGUCACUUCUUCUUGAAUGUAAUAGCUCAGAUUUGGACUUCUCACGGCAUAAGGAAAAGCGCCUCGGCCCAUCUUCCAGGCGGGGGAAGGGGGAAAGGUUCUGGAAUGUUAGUUUUUAGUGCGUGUAAUUAUUCAAAGCCUUAUUUAAAUGCUAUUAAAGAACGUACCAUUAUAAAUGUUAAUUUGCACUAAUGACAUCAUCUGCCGGCUUCUGGCUUCUUCUAAGGAUUUUGAAUCUGGGGGGAGGGUGGGGAUCCCUCUGCCAGGUGCUCGGUCCCUGCUGCUUUCCUGGAUCCACUGAGGGAGGCUGCUGGCUCCCAGCUGGCGGAUGACCCCGUGGCCUGGCUAGAAAGGCUUUGCAGCAGAGCCCAUGGAUAAAAUCGCCUCCUUGCUUAGCUUCUCCUAAGCCCCCUUUCGGUACCAACAGCUCCUGCUCUGCAGCUUCACCAUUCUGGCCGCAGAGAAUCCACGUUGGGGGCCUCCCUGCUGGCGGAAGAGAGGGGGCCUGGGGUGCUUUGACCCGGGAGACCCAGCCCAGCUCUGUGGUAGAGCCAAAGGGACUGAGUUCAGCUCCCAACUGCAUCUCUGGCAAUGCAGCUGCCAUUCAUGCCUACAGUGCAGAGCCAUGGCUUCCUGUGUCAACCAGCCCUUCGGAAGCAUGAGGACUAGAACCUUGCGUUGCAUUAAGGGGAACGGCUGUCGCUGCAGGCAUUUGAUCUGUCUGCAGAAGGCCUGGACUUCAAACCUCACUGGGAUCUCGGAGAAAAGCCUGAAACCCUUGGAGAAGCUGCUGCCAGCCAGUGCAAACAAUAUUGAGCUAGAUAGGUUCCCCCCCCCAACAGGCCUGGCUGGGAAUAGGGCAGCAGGCAGAGAGAGAGGUAUCAAUGGCCACUAGCCAGGCUGGCUCUGCUCUGCUUCCACAGCUGGAGACAGCCAUGCUUCUGAAUCCCAGUUGCUGGAAACCACAGGAGGGGAGAUCUUGUGUUCGAAUCCUGCUUGGGGCCUCCCAUCAGCUGGUCACUGUGAGAACAGGAUGCUGGGCUGGAUGGGCCAUUGGCAACCUCUUAUGCUAUUAUUAUUAUUAUUAUUAUUAUUAUUAUUAUUAUGAAUUUAUAUCCUCCCUUCCUCCUCAAGGACCCCAGGAUGGCAGAAAAUACAUUUUUGUAAAGGCAGUUUCCUGUGCGUUGCACCUUCAAGGGCCGUCUGGUCUGGCCUGGAGCAGGCAGUGGUGUAGCCUAGCCUUGAAGUUGCAGAUUAAUAAGAUGGGGAGGAGGACCACGGAGGUACCAAAGGCCACGACAGCCCCCCCGGCUUUUCAUUUAUAGUGUUGAUAGGCACAUAGUUCCAAGGAAGUGCCCUCAUAAACUCCACAGGGCUCAGGCAAGGAGGGCCAUGUCUCAGAAGGACCACAAGAAAUGGCAGAACCAGCUCCGCAGCCCCAGGAAAUACCAGAACCUGGCUGGGGGGUGGGAGGGCUUUCUUUGGGUGCCGCAGACCACAGGGGCCUGUUUUGUGGCUGCUUGAGGUUCCCCGCUCUCAUUUCAACCUGGCAGAGUCCCUCCGUAGAGGGGCCACCCCGUCACUCAGUGGGGGAGCCCGUCCAACAAGACCUCCACUUAAAGGCAAUCCUGUGAUGGGGAGCAGCGGAGACCAUUCUGGUCCUGAGAGGCUGGAGAGCUGCUGCCCGUCAGAGCAGGCCGGCCUUUCACCUGGCCAUGUGCCCCCUCCCCGCUGCUUUUGAACAGCUGCUCUCGUCAGCCAGCCUGGCCACGUGGAACUGAGGCUGAUGGGAGUUGUAGUCCAAGGCAGCAGCAGCCGGCUGGCCAUGGCUGGUGCAGGCAUUUCCUUCCUUUCUGCGCUGUGUCUCUUAGAUUGUCAGCCUGCGGGCAGGGGCUGUCUCGCUGUUUUUCUAAACGAUCUUUUGUACGCCUCUCUGGGAGCCUUUUCGGCAGAAGAAAGAGGGUCAAAAUGGCUUUCAAUAAAUUCCUUCAUAAAUGAAAAGGCAGCUUCUUCUGUACUUUGGAAAGACAAAGGGACUCAUCUGUUUGAUCUCCAUCACACAUGAAAGGUAGGUCACUAUCCCCCCCUCCCAGGAAGGCUCAGGGAAGACUGCAGUGGUCCUCACUGUGCAAAGAUUAGAACUGUGCAAUUCCUCAUUGCAUUAUGCAAACUCCCCUCCUUAUCCCCCCCCAGGCCCCUCUGCGUUCUCCAGCGCACCUGAGUCUGCCCCCCAACAUUGUUUCUUCUUCCUACCCCCCAUGCCACGCUUGCACCUUUGCCUCAAAAAGGUCAGCACCCUUUAGGUGAGCCUGAGACCUCCUUAGUCAUAGAAUUGUAGAACUGUAGAGUUGGAAGAGACCCAAAGAGUCGUAUAAUCUAAUCCGUUGCAAGGCAGGAAUUGCAGGGUAGAGGACCAUGAUAAUUGGAAGGGACUCAGGGCAUCAUCCGAACUGACUCCCCCCCCCCAAAAAAAGAAAAACACACCUCACAACAAUACGGCUGUGCUGCCUGGGGGUGUAGUCCAAAACACCUGGAGAGCACCAGUGUUGCAAACAGUACUUUUUGGGGAACGAGAGUCUUGGGCCCAGUCUUGUUCAACAUCUUUAUCAAUGACUUGGAUGAUGGGCUUGAGGGCAUCCUGAUCAAGUUUGCAGAUGACACCAAAUUGGGAGGGGUGGCUAAUACCCCAGAGGACAAGAUCACACUUCAAAAUGACCUGAACAGAUUAGACAACUGGGCCAAAGCAAACAAGAUGAAUUUUCACAAGGAGAAAUGUAAAGUACUACACCUGGGCCAAAAAAAAAAAAAUGAAAGGCACAAAUACAGGAUGGGAGACACCUGGCUUGAGAGCAGUACAUGUGAAAAGGAUCUAGGAGUCUUGGUAGACCACAAACUUGACAUGAGUCAACAGUGUGAUGCAGCAGCUAAAAAAGCCAAUGCAAUUCUGGGCUGCAUCAAUAGGAGUAUAGCAUCUAGAUCAAGGGAAGUGAUAGUACCACUGUAUUCUGCUCUGGUCAGACCUCACCUGGAGUACUGUGUCCAGUUCUGGGCACCACAGUUCAAGAAGGAUAUUGACAAGCUGGAACGUGUCCAGAGGAGGGCAACCAAAAUGGUCAAAGGCCUGGAAACAAUGCCUUAUGAGGAACGGCUUAGGGAGCUGGGUAUGUUUAGCCUGGAGAAGAGAAGGUUAAG